UUUAUGUACGCUUACCCACAGCACUUACAGUGCGUAACAAACGAUUGUUCCAAAGUACCUACAUCUGUCAUGGAAAUAUAACAGUUAGUCACGGAACCGCCGUUUUAAUGCUAAUACCUUUCACUGGCGACGAGGAUUUAAAUUCGUAUUUUUUUGGAUAUUUACAGUAUCUAGUGUAAAACAAGUGUAAAUAAUAAAUGAAUAAUGUCGCGGGCGUUCGGGAAAAUAAGCGAAUACAAUUUAAAAUCGGGCAAUUGGACCCUAUAUGUGGAGAGGUUAGAAAUGUAUUUCAAAGUGAACGCGAUUGACAAAGAUUUGUGGUUACCCAUGCUGAUAGCAGGAAUAGGUGACGAGACGUACGAAUUAUUGAGCAGUUUGGCGAGUCCCAAGAAACCGGCAGAAUUAACAUAUGAUAAUGCAGUGUCAUUGUUACGUAAUCAUCUGCAACCUAAACCGUCCGUAAUGGCGGAACGCUACCGGUUUAGACAACGAAGACAAGGAGCCAACGAAAAUGUAUCACAGUAUGUCUCGGAACUCAAAAAACUAGCAAAAUACUGUGACUUUGGUGGAAACCUAGAAGAGAAUCUUCGCGACCAAUUGGUUUGCGGGUUAAAAUGCGACAUGACACGUCAACGACUGUUCGCCAAAGAUAAUUUAAGCUACGCGGGAGCAGUGAGGUUAGCGACGGCGUGGGAGGCGGCGGAGCGGGACGCGGCGGCGAUGGAUCCGGCAGGCGGAGCGGCGGCGGCGGCGGCCGCCGAGGCGCCCAGCACCAGCGGCACGGGUGCGGGUGCGGUGCAUGCGCUGAGUUCAGCGGGGGGCCGCGGCCGGGCGCGCGGAUCAUCGCAGCCAGGCCCGGGGCGGGAGCCAGGGCGUUGCGACGCCUGUGGAUCCAGAGACCACAGGAAGGAAGGGUGCCGAUUUCGUCAUUUCGUCUGCAGCCGGUGUUCUGGCCUCGGGCACCUGAGACGCGUAUGUCCCCAGCGGAGAGGUCAAAGUACAGUACGAGGGCGAGGGCGACGCGGGGUUAACCAUGUAGCCGCUUCGCAAACCGCGGAGUCGGAAGAAAAUAGCCCGUCGGAGCUGGAAGAGGAGCUGAAUCAGUUAUCAUUGAACAGUUACAGACCGACAUGAGGAGUUGUUCAGCGCGGGGUUGGGGCG